AUGGAUCACCCGGUACAUCCCCUCCUGACUUUGCAGCCUUCAGAGGUUCGUCGUGCAAGCCAGAUCAUCAAAAAGCAAUUUCCUAACCAGCAAGUUUCAUUUCGCACUAUUGCUGUGAAAGAGCCGCCCAAAAAAGAAGUCAUCGAGUUCCUAGAGGCAGAGAAAACACGGCAACCCUUGCGAUAUCCAGCCCGUCGCCUGUAUGUCAGCUACCAGUUCAGAGGGAAACCCGAAGAAUUUGAAGACAUCCUGGAAAUCAAUAGCGGAACGAUUGUUUGUCAUCGGCAGCUUCCGCAUGGCGUGCACAUAUCUUCCUCCCAAGAGGAUAUGCUUCCCAUCCAAAAUCAAAUUCUGGACGAUCCGCUAGUUCGAAGGGAAAUUGUAAGAUUGAAGCUACCUCGCAACUCCAAAGUGAUAUCAGAGAUUUGGCCUUAUGGAAAAGAUAACGAUCGCCCAGAGCCGAAACGCUAUCAGGUUUGGUUCUAUCUGAAUUCGAUAGACCCCGAGGCACAACGACACCCGUCUUCCAAUUUCUUCGCCCACCCGUUGGAUUUUUCCGCCGUGGUUGACCAUGUCACGAAGAAGGCCAUUCGAAUUGACAGGUUGCCGCUUGGUAGGGAGCUGGAUAGUAUUUCAGGAGAUAACGACUCAUGGCAGCCGAAUCCGGAUGCAGAAUACGCCACAGACUUGCAACCGUCUAUUCGCAGGGACGUUAAACCUAUCCGCAUCCAACAACCCGAGGGCGUGAGCUUUAGGGUAGAAUCAAACGAUCAGGUUGUGCAUUGGCAAAAGUGGCGGUUUCACCUUGAUUUCAACUGGCGCGAGGGUGCCGUGCUCCGCGAUGUCAGCUACGACGGUCGCCCUGUGUUUUACCGUCUCUCCCUGGCUGAGAUGACCGUUCCUUAUGGCGACCCGCGCUCCCCGUUUCAUCGUGAACCUGUAAUAAAGAAGAACUGCAUAUGCCUACAUGAGGUAGAUACUGGUAUCGGCUGGAAACACACGAACUAUCGAAAUGGUCGAGCUGAAGUUACCCGGGGUCGUGAGCUUGUUAUCCAAACAAUCAUGACUAUCGCAAAUUACGAAUAUAUUCUUUGCUGGAUUUUCGAUACAGCCGGGGCUAUUCACUAUGAGGUCCGCGCCACCGGUAUUAUGUCUGUGGUUCCUGCAGACCAAAGGGAAGACCUGACCAAACUUGACUACGGCAUUAUUGUCUCUCCAGGCGUCAUGGCCCCAGCCCAUCAACACCUAUUCUGCCUUCGCCUGGACCCUGCCAUAGACGGCUACGCCUCGUCUAUUGUGAAAUACGAAGAGACCAUUCCUGAACCGAUGAACUCUCAAACAAACCCCUAUGGUGUGAUGUUUCGUGUCAAAGAAACUCCAAUCACCGAAUCCGGGCACUUGGACCUUAAUCCGGCAACAAACAGAAUCGUCAAAAUCGUCUCCAAUGACCACCGUAAUCGGGUCACGGAGCACCAAACUGGCUACAAAGUUCUCGUUCCGCCCACUCAAACUAUUCUCGCGGAUCCAAAGUCCACACACUUCCGCCGUGCCGCGUUCGCAGACCACCAGUUCUACUUCACUAAACAAGACGAUAACGAAUUGUACCCAGCAGGCGAAUUCCCAUGGCAAUCAAUCGGGGGCCUCAAGGAGGACACUGGUUUACGCCAGUGGGCCGCGAGAAAGGACCCCUUGAGACCUGGAAACGGUGUGGUCUGGGCGAUCUUUGGAUUAACUCACAAUCCAAGGCCAGAAGAUUGGCCAGUUAUGCCGUGUGAGGUAUUCCGUGUCGCGAUUAAACCUAGCCACUUCUUCGAGAAAAAUCCGGCUUUGGAUAUGCCUGCCAGCGAACAGCUGGUUAAUCAGAGCACGCUGGUGAAGUCGGAGAAACACAAUGCGCUGACCUUUGACGGAUGUUGCCGUGCUAAAUUGUGA